AUGGCGUCUCAGCUCCGGCUCCGCUCCGCGCUAGCCCUGGUCACAGGUGCGGGCAGUGGCAUCGGCCGCGCGGUCAGCGCGCGCCUGGCCAGAGAGGGCGCCGCCGUGGCCGCCUGCGACCUGGACGAGGCGGCGGCGCGGGACACGGUGCGGCUGCUGGGCGGGCCGGCGAGGGAGGAGGGGGCGCCCGGCGGGAAGCACGCGGCCUUCCAGGCGGACGUGUCGCAGGCCGCGGCGGCCCGGCGCCUGCUGGAGCAAGUGCAGGCCUGCUUUUCUCGCCCGCCAUCUGUCGUCGUGUCCUGUGCGGGCAUCACGCGGGAUGAGUUUCUACUUCAGAUGUCUGAGAACGAUUGGGACAAAGUCCUAGCUGUCAACCUCAAGGGCAUCUUCCUAGUCACUCAGGCUGCAGCUCAGGCCUUGGUGUCCAGUGGCUGUCACGGCUCCAUCAUCAACAUCAGUAGCAUCGUUGGGAAGGUGGGGAACAUCGGGCAGACAAACUAUGCGGCAUCCAAGGCGGGAGUGAUAGGCCUCACCCAAACUGCAGCUCGGGAGCUUGGCAGACAUGGGAUCCGCUGUAACUCUGUUCUCCCAGGGUUCAUUACAACACCCAUGACCCAGAAAAUGCCACAGAAAGUGCAGGACAAGGUGACCGGAAUUAUUCCUAUGGGACACAUGGGGGACCCCGAGGAUGUAGCAGAUGUAGUUGCAUUCUUGGCAUCUGGAGACAGUGGAUACAUUACCGGGACCUCAGUGGAAGUCACUGGAGGUCUUUUCAUGUAACUGCCUCAAGGACCCUGGACUCUGCUCACUCCCCCACCACUCUGCCUGGCCUCCUGCUGCCGCGGACUCUAAGUUCCCAGGCUACAAAAGGGGUGGCAGUGUGUGGGUCCGGAAUGCUGAAUAUGGAAGGCAGGGGUGCUUGUGACCCUAAUAAAUUCCAAAUCCUCUUCCCUGCCA